UUCUACAGCCUGCACUAGGAGGGUUGAAACUGGCGGCUUGAGUGUUAACUCACCCAUGUAAAGCGACCACCGAAGCUCACCGCUGCAAUAACUAAGCCUGUCUUGGCAGUAAGAGGAUUGGUUGACUGUAAAAACAUCUGCCUGACGCUUGGUUGCAGAGCGUGAACGGGUGUUGAGGAAGCGUCUCUCUAUCACGGACGAGCAUGUGAGCAAGUAGCCUACAGCUUUUGAUAGUAUCGUUUAAUGGCACCUUACGCUAUUGAAUUGGGAUGAUACUAAUUCAUCUCCUAGUAGGUGUCCAUUAGCCUAUCAAUUUAGUCACUGCGCGCAAGUGGUUGGUUUCUGUUAUGCUCAAUGGAGAGCAAACUGAUUCUUCACUCUGUCGGUAAAAGCAGUCACGGUAUGGCUUUUUUUCUUAUUCAUCUGCUUCUGCAAAUGGGAUUCGUUUUCGGAUCUAAUUAUGGGUAUGUGGAAUGGUCGGAUAACGACAAAGACGCUGAAAUACGAUCGAAGAACCCCACUAUGUACAGCACUCAAAAUAUCAACAAGGAAUCGAUACACCAUCCAACUUCUUACCCAGGACCCUUCACGGAGCGCACCAUUGUGGCGCACAAAAUCGAAGAGGACCUGCCUAGGGUGGUAACAGCUUUCCUGCACACGGGAGACUCGUCGGCUCUUGAACAAGUCAACUGUUCUCGGAGGUAUGAGUUGAGUAGCCUCCGCGGUGGAACCAAUGUGGCCUCACACUAUUUUCUCCAUAGCGUGCUGGACACCAUGGCGCACGCAACCAACUUUCUGAACAUGAUUUUACAAGCCAACAGGUCAAGAGAGCACAGCCUUCGGAGGGAUAUUCACUGGUACCACGCACUGGUUCGGAGUAUUCUCGAGGGGGACCCCAAAAUUCACAGGGCAGUGGUUACAUUCCAUACUGAUGCUCCGACGCCGAGUCCCAAUGUUUUCCUUCAAGCGACAAGAACUGGAGGGGAAGUGGUUCUCCAGGACCUUUCCAACUCCGCUCACCACCAUCUCAAGAGCAGGAGCCCGGAUUCUGAGUGGUUUAACGAGUUCAGGGACCGAAAAAAAACGUACAUACAGAGAAGGGCGUCGAGCCGAGACCCAGUAGCCACUCAAAAUGGCUACAUUCUCGACAAAAGUCAAAUCAAGUGGUCUGCGCCUUACCUGGAAUGCGAGCAUGGGAAUUUCGUACCACACUGGCUACUCACCUUGUCUGCAGGGUUCUAUGGUCUGAAGACAAAUUCCGCGCCCGAGUUCAGGGGUGUGGUUCGAGUGGACAUCAACCUCCAGGAUGUGGACAUUGACCAGUGCUCCAGUAGUGGCUGGUUUGCUGGAACUCACCGCUGUAAUCUAACCAGCAUGGAUUGCAAUCCCAUUGUUGGACAUGGAUUCGUGCUAGACAACUACAAGUGCCAAUGCCGGAGAGGCUUCUACCAUCCUAGCAGAGUGGCACUCAACGGCUUUACAAGUUUUGCUUCAAAGUGCCCUUCUCAACAUGACCCUGGUGGUUCUUCAAACAUGACACAUGACACAUAACCCACUGAGAAGACACGUCACCCACUGUCUGCUAGAGCUCUACCGUUUCAUGAGGUUCUGCCAGAGCUCGACCACUUCUCGAGGCUAUCUGCUAGAGCUCGACCACUUCCCGAGGCUGUCUGCUAGAGCUCGACCACUUCCCGAGGCUGUCUGCUAGAGCUCUACCGUUUCAUGAGGUUCUGUCAGAGCUCGACCACUUCCUGAGGAUGUCUGCUAGAGCUCGACCACUUCCUGAGGCUGUCUGCUAGAGCUUGACCACUUCCUGGGGCUGUCUGCUAGAGCUCUACCACUUCAUGAGUUUUUCUGCUAGAGCUCGACCACUUCCUGAGGCUGUCUGCUAGAGCUCGACCACUUCAUGAGUUUUUCUGCUAGAGCUCGACGACUUUAUGAGGCUGUCUGCUAGAGCUCUACCACUUCAUGAGGCUGUCUGCUAGAGCUCUACCACUUCAUGAGGCUGUCUGCUAGAGCUCUACCACUUUCUGAGGCUGUCUGCUAGAGCUCGACCACUUCAUGAGUUUUUCUGCUAAGAGCUCUACCACUUCAUGAGUUCUUCUGCUAGAGCUCGACGACUUCAUGAGGCUGUCUGCUAGAGCUCUACCACUUCAUGAGGCUGUCUGCUAGAGCUCUACCACUUCAUGAGGCUGUCUGAUAGAGCUCGACAACUUCAUGAGGCUGUCUGCUAGAGCUCGACGACUUCAUGAGGCUGUCUGCUAGAGCUCUACCACUUCAUGAGGCUGUCUGCUAGAGCUCGACAACUUCAUGAGGCUGUCUGCUAGAGCUCUACCACUUCAUGAGGCUGUCUGCUAGAGCUCUACCACUUCAUGAGGCUGUCUGCUAGAGCUCUACCACUUCAUGAGGCUGUCUGCUAGAGCUCUACCACUUCAUGAGGCUGUUUGCUAGAGCUCUACCACUUCAUGAGGCUGUCUGCUAGAGCUCUACCGUUUCAUGAGGCUCUGCUUUAGGGCUCUGUUCAACAGUAGUGCACUAUGAAGUACUUUGAAGUACAUACUAUGAAGUAUGUACAUUUGAGACGUAUAGAGUAUGUGCAUAUUGGGACCGGUGGAGUAAUUACAGGCUUGUUAGACACUUUUUACUGAGGGGAUGAAUAACAUCUGUGUGACUGUGAUACUAAGUAUUACAUACCUCACAAUAACUCAACACAUCUAGUUACAGCCCUGUAGUGGACCACAAUAACUCAACACAUCUAGUAGCUACAGAGCUUGUGAACCUACUCUGUACUGGAGCUUUUGCUACCCGCACAUUGGAGUUAUUUGAAGUUUUAUGACAAUGUGUUGUGAAACGGUUGCACCCUGACACCCUGCUAAUUGCCAAUCCAUCUGCCGCCACAUGGCCAAUUUCCAAAAUGCUGUUCUAAAUGUCUUGGCUGGAAUGUUUCACUGUAGAUCAAAUGUAAGGCUAGUAGUUACCAGCUGUUUACAUUGACAGUUUGCUUAUUUCGGUCCUUAUUAGCAUUUACUUCAGCAACAGUUCCUCUUACUGAACUCAGUACAAAUUAACCACAGAAACAACGACAUUAAGACAAAUAGUAUUUUUUUGGUGCAUUGUAAUUGCCUCCCCAUUGAUGUCACAACACGUCAUCCUCUAUCUUUUCUGUGUUCCAACCGUCUGUCCUUUCCCGGGAAAGAGAGCGGUGGUCACGCUCACGGUGAGGACCCCUCGGAGGGGUCCAGUAGGUGUCUGCCAUGCCGUGAGGGCUGCCCCUACUGCCGGGAUGACACGCCCUGCCUGGCUCAGGAGGACGGAGCCCUUCGGCUUUCCGUAGCCUCCUUCCAGGGCCUCUGUAUGCUGCUGGACUUAGUGGCCAUGGUGCUGGUCUACCACUUCCGCAGGAACAAGAGGAUCCGAGCGUCUGGUCUCGUCCUUCUGGAAGCCAUCUUGUUUGGAGCCUUGCUUCUCUACUUUCCCGUGAUGAUACUGUACUUCAGCCCCAGCGUGUUGCGCUGUAUCCUCCUGAGAUGGGUGCGUCUCCUGGGCUUUGCCACGGCCUACGGAACAGUGAUCCUGAAGCUUUACAGGGUGCUGAAGGUGUUCCUGUCCCGUACGGCACAGCGAACACCCUACAUCACCAGCUGGCGGGUGCUGCGUCUGCUGGGGGUCAUCCUGCUGGUGGUGCUGUGGUUUCUGGUGGCCUGGACCUCGGCCGUGUGUCAGACUCCUGACCGGACGUCGGCCCUCAUCGAUGUGGGCCUCACCCCCGACGGGCUGCAGUUCAGCAUGUGCCUGCUGGACCGCUGGGAUUACAUGAUGGCAGUUGCCGAGUUCCUGUUUCUUCUGUGGGGAGUGUACCUAUGCUAUGCUGUCCGGACCGUACCGUCAGCCUUCCAUGAACCACGCUACAUGACUGUUGCCAUAUACAAUGAACUCCUCAUAUCGGCAGUGUUCCACACCAUUAGGUUCACUCUGGCUCCUCAGUGGCACCCUGACUGGAUGCUCAUGUUGGUCUUCACUCACACACACCUCACCGUGACUGUGUCUUUGGGGCUGCUGUUUGUACCAAAGUGUCUGUCCACAGUGACCCAGGCGAGUGAUGACAUUGCCACUGAAACCUAUGAAGAGGAGCUGGACAUGGGCCGGUCCGGGUCCUACCUCAACAGCAGCAUCACCUCGGCCUGGAGCGAACACAGCCUGGACCCCGAAGACAUACGGGACGAGCUCAAGAAGCUUUACGCCCAACUGGAAGUCUACAAGCGCAAGAAGAUGCUGGCCAACAACCCACACCUGCAGAAGAAGCGCAGCUCCAAGAAGGGCCUGGGCCGCUCUCUCAUGAGGCGCCUCACUGAGAUCCCGGAGACCUUGCACCGACAUGGCAGCUAUGGCAGCCGUGAGGAACGUGACGGUAGCGAGCACGGGAGCAACCGCAGCACCCUUCCACGGAAUCCCUUCGACUCGUCCCAUUCAGGUCACAAGUCCAGGGAAGACUCUUUGAAGAACAAAGUUCUGGGCCUGAAUAAGUCACACAGCUACGACCACGUUUGUGACCAAGCUAAGGAAACUGCCAGCGGAGAGGGCUUGGGUGGGGACAAAAUGGCCACCGCCGAUGGUUCCUUGCUGGGAUCUCUCAUUAGGAGGCAGGUUAAGAAGUCACCGGAGCCUGCCCCAAAGGUGGAACCGGCCGAGUCAGUGCCCUUGGUCUGCAAGUCGGCCAGCGCGCACAACUUCACAGCGGACAAAAAGCCCAUUCAGCUGAGGACGUCCAUCAUGCAGAAGUCACUGAGUGUCAUCACCAGUGCCAAAGAGAAGAUGCCCGGGCUCACCAGCAAGACCCAUAGCGCAGAGGAUGCCAGCAAGAAGGGACUCAAGGGGCGCGAUGGGAGGAUGCUGUCUGAGGUGGACGAGAUGGAGUGUUAUCCUAAGAUGAUCAUCAGCCAGUCAGUAGAGUACUCCAGGACACCCAUGGCCAAGAUGGGCAUCAUGAAGCAGCAGGUGAGUGGCAGCCAGCCGUCCAUCAAUACAGAGCCGGGGAGAAACCUGUAUGACCUCUCCGAGGUGUGCUCUUGGGAUGUGGAGGAACCCCCAACCCCAUCGGAUGGAAGGUCCCAGAAGCAUGUGUCCAUUGCUCCGGGAGAGACCACCACGGUCCACAGGGGUGAUGGUGGUGGUGGCACGGGUACCACCAAGGGCAGUCGCUCCCAACAGAAGCAGCAGAGAACCGCAGGGCAAUCGCCUGCAGGCCGACAGCGCUCCAAAGACAAGGGGUGUGAACGAGACGAGGCCAGAGAAACAAGGAAGCCCAGGUCUCCCAGAUCUCCACUCCUGCUCAAACCGGAGGUGUGCCCCUGGGCCUUUGAGGUGCAGCCGAUGUUGGGAGGCGAUUCAGACACCAUCUCUCCAGAGAGGAUCAGACGUAAGAGGAGCGUCACACCAACUGAUGGGAAGCCCAAGAUCCUCCACUCAGACUACUCCAAAUCCACAGGGAGUCUGCUGCAGCCGCCCACCCUGAUGUUGGACAUCUGUCCCUGGGACUACAAUGAAGCCCCAGCCCCGCCUUCCCCCAGCCAGGAGAAGACCUGCUCCAGUCCCACGGCUCACUCCAAGCGGAAACGAAAAGGUUCGUGCUCCUCCAAAGAAAGGGGAGAGAGGGGUGAGAGAGAGAAAGGAGGGAGGGACAAGGAGGAGGAGAAGCAGCACAGGUCAAAGAGCAAGGAGAGCUCCUCCAGCAGGCCCUCGGAAAGACCACGUGUCAUCCAAUCAUCAGAGGGUGUUCCGGUCACCGUGCCAACAUCUGGGAGACGGAGGAGCUCAACAAGAGACCCGGAGGCGUCGAAGAACAAGAGGGUAGAGGCGUGCCCGUGGGAGGUAGAGGACGCGCAUGCCAGCGUAGCACAGACAAAGCCUUCUCCAGCGAAAGAAAACUCUUUGAGUUCUAAUAACAAACAACCCGUUAGCACUGCUAAAAGGGUUGACGUUUGCCCCUGGGAUUUUGAAGACAAUGGGUCAGAGAAAAGUGCAUGAUAAUCAAAAUAAUAGACUAUGUGUUUUGUAUUCACGACACAAAUGCCUUGCAAAGUGGGUUUUAAAGAUAAGGGUGGGGAAAAACAGUUGUACUGUGGUUAUGACUAAAUCAUUUUGUGAAGUAAAACAUGCAAUACGGUCUGUUAAAGCAUUUCAAACAAAGUAUUUGUUCAAAUACAAAGUCCUGUUGUUAGUUGUGCAGCUUAAAGUCACUUUAUCCGCAAUGUAGAGACAUGUUUAGUCGGCACUAUUUGCUUGUACAUUUGCUCAGUUUGCAGUUUUGCGCCAUUUGUCACACUCUUUAAUACAUUAAACACGUCCUUACUACCUGUGAGGGAAUUUACACUGAAUGAAUUACAGACAACAACCUGAUUUAGACAGGUUUGUACAAGAACGUGGGACUGAUUUAACCAGUCCAUUUUUGUAAACAACUAAUUGAUGAUGUUGCCACAUGUUCCAUUAUACUGGACUGGAGUUCUCUUUCUGUCUGUUUCCUGCACCUGGGUCAUUCCAAUAUUCUAAACUGGAGUUCUCUUUUGUCUGUUUCCUGCACCUGGGUAAUUCCAAUAUUCUAGACUGGAGUUCUCUUUUGUCUGUAUCCUGCACCUGGGUCAUUCCAAUAUUCUAAACUGGAGUUCUCUUUUGUCUGUUUCCUGCACCUGGGUAAUUCCAAUAUUCUAGACUGGAGUUCUCUUUUUUCUGAUUCCUGCACCUGGGUCAUUCCAAUAUUCUAGACUGGAGUUCUCUUUCGUCUGUUUCCUGCACCUGGGUCAUUCUUGUCAAGUAGUGGGCCAAGUAUGAAUUCAGAGUGUUGGUCAUCGGGAAGUGUAUAAUAUAACUUCCAUAUGAAGCACAGUGCACAGAUAAGUAUACUGUUAAUUCUGAGGCCUUAUAGUUAUUGUGUAGCAACACGAGGAUGCAUCCCCUUAAGGAAGUGUAUCUAUUUGGUCUCCUUCCAGUCAAACAUGCUUUGUGUUCGUACAAAAAAACAAACUAAAGUUUAUCUUUGAUGCAUACAUUUUGUAAAACUGCUAUAGAAUGUGACAGAGCACUUCCAGAAAUUGCUUUGUUGUCAAUUCAUCCAUUUACAUCCAAAAUGCUACAGCAUUUGGUAAUGGACAUUUUUUGCAACAGAAACAAACAUUUCUUAUUGGACAAGUUCAACUUAGUCCCUCCCCUGUUUCAGUCUGUUUUUCUCCAAUUGGCUUCCUAGUGAGUAAAACCCAGCUAAUCCGUAACACAGUUCUUCUCAGUGGUGGAAAAAGUACCCAAUUGUCAUAAUUGAGUAAAUGUAAAGAUGCCUUAUUGGAAAAUGACUAGUGUAAAAGUGAAAGUCACCCAGUAAAACAGUACUUGAGUAAAAGUCUAAAAGUAUUUGGUUUUAAAUAUACUUAAGUAUCAAAAGUAAAAAGUAUAAAUAAUUUCAAAUUGCUUAUGCAAGCCAAACGACAUUAAACUUGUUUUUAUUUAUUAUACAGUUUUUAUUAUAUUAUUAUUAUUUAUUAUACGACAUUAAUCUUGUUUUUAUUUAUUUACGGAUAGCCAGGGGAACACUCAGACAUAAUUUACAAAUGAAACAUUUAUGUUUAGUGAAUCCGCCAGAUCAGAGGAAGUAGGGUUGACCAGGGAGAUUUUCUUGAUAAGUGUGUGAUUGGACCAUUUUCCUGUCCUGCUAAGUAUUCAAAUGUAACAAGUAUUUGUGGGGUUUCUGGAUAAAUGUAUGGAGUAAAAAAAAGUAAAUUAUUGUCUUUAGGAAUAUAGUGAAGUAAAAGUACAAAUUGUCAAAAACAUAAAUAGUAAAGUAUAGAUAUCCCCCAAAAAAUGACUUCAGUAGUACUUUAUGAAGUAUUUGUACUUUAAGUACUUCACACCACUGAUUCCGCUGUAUCCAUUAAUGCUACAGUGACUUCUGCAUGACAGUAAACAUAUUGGCCCAACGUCUCACUGCUCUUAGCAAACUCUGCUCCGUUAUAACCUGUUUGUUGAGUGAACUUGUACCGCUGUCGUCUUAUUACUAUAAUGCUUGGUAACACUGCUGUUGCAUCCACAUAGGGAUAUUUAUAUUGUACAUUUAUAUUGUGUUCUGUUGUAAUCGCAUGUACAUAACUCCCCCUUAAACCUGCAAUAAAUAUUUAUAAUAA